GGAUUGUAUCCUGAAAACUAUAGGGGUUAACAGGGUAUGUCUAUGGUGAUUGGUGAGUCUAGUGACAUAUUUCGGCAAAUUAGAUGAAUUUUGGAUGUGUUAUUUCGUGGAAGCAGUUUGUGUGAGAAAAUAAAAUUUGAUAGUAAAACGGUAGAAAUUUGGCGUUUAAGAUUGCAAUUUUAUUGCAAGCAGUCCGUUUUUAUUCCAAUAAGAUCGUUUAGAUCGUCGCAAAAAAUGUUCACUUUGUGGUACUCAAUUUUGACCUACAAAGAAUAUCGCAAGCAAAAAAUGGUGGACGCCGCAGUUUUAGAAAAACUUGAAGCCGGCUUCAAGAAGCUCGCUGAUUCCGACUCGAAAUCCCUACUCAAGAAAUAUCUUACCAAGGAUGUAUUCGAUCAACUGAAGACGAAGAAAACAUCAUUCGGUUCCACCCUCUUGGAUGUUAUUCAAUCUGGUGUUGAGAAUUUGGAUUCCGGAAUCGGUAUUUACGCCCCCGAUGCCGAAGCUUACACGGUAUUCGCCGACCUGUUCGACCCUAUCAUCGAGGACUACCACAAGGGCUUCACCAGGAGCGACAAGCAUCCGCCAAAGAACUGGGGCGACGUGAGCGUGUUCGGCAACUUGGACCCCGCCAACGAAUUCAUCGUCUCCACCAGAGUUCGCUGCGGUAGAUCCCUCGAGGGCUACCCUUUCAACCCCUGCUUAACUGAAGAGCAAUACAAGGAAAUGGAACAGAAAGUGUCGAGCACCCUUUCCGGUUUGGAAGGAGAGCUGAAGGGAACCUUCUAUCCCUUGACCGGCAUGAGCAAAGAAAUCCAACAGAAACUGAUCGACGAUCACUUUUUGUUCAAGGAAGGCGACAGGUUCUUGCAAGCCGCAAACGCUUGUCGAUUCUGGCCGACCGGUCGUGGGAUCUACCACAAUGAAAACAAAACCUUCUUGGUGUGGUGCAACGAGGAGGAUCAUCUUCGUAUUAUCUCCAUGCAGCAAGGAGGGGAUCUUGGUGAAGUCUACCGUCGUCUCGUAACGGCGGUGAACGAUAUCGAGAAGCGUAUUCCUUUCUCCCAUCACGACAGGUUGGGAUUCCUUACUUUCUGCCCGACCAAUUUGGGAACCACCGUCCGAGCUUCUGUGCACAUCAAGGUACCAAAAUUGGCCGCCAAUAAGGCCAAACUUGAAGAGGUGGCGGGUAAGUACAAUCUGCAAGUGCGCGGCACUCGUGGUGAGCACACCGAAGCUGAAGGUGGUAUCUAUGACAUCUCCAACAAGAGGCGUAUGGGUUUGACCGAAUUCGAAGCCGUUAAGGAAAUGUACGACGGUAUCCAAGAACUGAUUAAAAUCGAGAAGGAAUUGUAAACCCCUACAUUCGUGAUCAUUACUUCUAAGCAAUGAUAUAAUUUUAAAACCUAAUUGUUUUGAGUUUUUUUUUUUUGUAAAUUUUAUUUGUUGCAGGGAUCGCUACACGCGAUCUCGUUAUAGUGUAUCGUUCAGCUUACUAGUCGACAUUAUUUUCAGCAUUCGAUCAACUUACUUAAAGAUAGGGAAUAAAUAACAUUCGAAAAGGAUGUAUGACAACUUCGAAAAUAGUGCCGAAACAUUGGAUCUCCCCUUCAUCCAUUUAUUUAAUUGUAUUAUUUAAAGAGAAAGUAUUAUUUCAACUCACGUUUAUAACAAAAAAACAUUUAAUAAAAGACGUCCAAUGUA